AUGUCUUUUACGGCUAGCACUGGUACUGGGAAUUUUGGAAGACUUGCUGGUAGGUUUUGUAUUUCAGUUGGCGAGGGUCUAUGCUAUGCAACAAGAGUUGUCUAUAUCAAAAAAUUUAAGAGGUUUCAAGAGUCCCUUAUAGGCUUGUCUCUUCCCAGCUUCCGUCCCACAAUAUGGUACGACCUGGACGAGGACGAAGAGCUGAACUUCCCGACUCCAUCUUGUUCGUCCGCUGCUCCUGGAGUUGUAAUGAGAAGAAGGCUGGCUGAAGUUGAGAGCGACGAUUCUGGCGAGUUUCAAGAGCUGGUGCCACAAGUCGGCGCUGCUAGUUAUGAUUAUGUGGCCAUGGAGGAGGAUGAACUUUCGUUUCAAAGGGGAUCUGUGGUCGAGAUUAUUGAAACAGACAGGUAAUUUGAUACUAAUGAGUUUGAAAACAUUGCUAAAUAUUAACGAAAAGCUAAAGCGCCAAAAUCAUUAGUUUGUCGGGAAAAUAAAGAGCACUCUGUUGCUUAAAAAAUGACAUCGCUGAUAAACUAACUUCAUAUACUUCUCUGUUUUAGCGAGGACGAAGGAUGGGUGUACGGCAAAAUCGAAGACAGAGAAGGUUUGGUGUCCAAAGACUACGUCAGUUUGAUUGGCCGCCAACCCAAAGAAAUCAAGGCUUCGGAAUUCGAAAAGCAAGAACGCAUUGGCAGUGGCGGCUCUUGCGACAUCUUCGCCGCCAUCUACCGAGGCCAAAAAGUGGCCUUGAAAAUCCCAAGACAACGAAGGCCUUUAGACAACAAAAGUUUAGAGGAUUUGAAGCGAGAGGCGCUGGUGCUGGCCCGAUUAAGCGGCCACAAGAAUAUCGUUGGGUUCUACGGAAUCUGCACUGAAUCAUCAUGUAUUCUGCUCGAGCUUUGCGAAGGAAGGUCGCUGUUUCAGCUGUACCGACGCUUGAAGUUCGCAGUAUACUCCACGGUCAUUGCGUGGGCGUCGCAAGUCGCCGAAGGUAUGAAUCAUUUGCACAACCGGGAUGCCGCGCUGAUUCAUGCUGAUUUAAAGGCUGACAAUAGUAAGUGAUGGCUUGAUAGUCGAUAGUUUUUUUUGUUUUCAGUCUUGAUCAAAGAAAUACCCUGUAUUUGCGAGCACAGCGAGGAGAUCUCCCAAUUGCGGCCGCCGGUAUACGACAACAAUGAUUGCACUCGUUGCGGUGGCACUCAUCUCGACAAAUUGACGCUGAAAAUCACCGACUUUGGGAUUUCGCGCGACGUCAAGUCGAGCCGCCACAGUUUGGUCGGCUCGCUGCCGUGGAUGUCGCCGGAAGUCAUCGAAACACAAGAGUAUUCCAAGAGCUCGGACGUCUGGAGCUUCGGCAUGUUCCUGGUGGAGAUCCUCACCAAUCGUCUCCCAUUCUCCGGCUAUGAUGGGCCGCCAAUGUUCAUCGGCGAUCGCAAAGAAACGCCCGACAUUCCGGAGGAUUGUCCGCCGCAAAUCCUGCGACUUAUGGAGCAAUGUUGGGAAAUUGAGCCUGCGAAUCGCCCGUCGUUCGGCGAGAUCGUUGAAAUGCUGAAUGAAGCCGGAAUGGAAGAUAGUGACAUGUCCGAUGGACUAGACAAUUCGGAGUAUGUCAAAUCGACAGCAAGAAUGGAUGUGACUUUCAAGAAGAUCGCUGAGGAGCUUUGGAGGCUAAUCAAGUAGGUUUUAUCCACCCUGAAACUUCUGCAUCAGUGUGUCGGGGAAAUAAUGAGCACUCUGUCGCAUCGAAAAUCGCAUCGCCGCCGAGAAAAUGAAUCCAGUUUUCAGUGUCACGAAUUGGGUUAGAACACGUAGAUUGAGGGGCCCCUAUUCUAGGUUCUAUCUGUGAUCCUAACCCAAAUACUAUACCAAACAAUGACAAACAAUACAUAGGGCUAAGGUAGUACAGCCCCCCCCCAGUCCAGUUUAGCCCCCCAUAACCCAGUACAACUUCCCUCGUCCAUUCUGAACCCCAAAAUUCAUUUCAAAGAAUUAAUCCAAGUUGUAUGGUCCAGCACAAGCCCCCUACGUUUUAGACCAAGUCCCUUACGUUUUAGAUCAAGCCCCCUCCGUUUUAGAAAAAGCCCCCUACGUUUUAGAUCAAACCCCCAACGUAGUAGAUCAAACCCCCACUUACAUUUUUUGUAUUAUUCUAAUUUGUUCAUUAUGUGGGGUGUGAAACGGGCAAAACAGUGGGGGUUUGAACUACCUUUCGUGGGGGGCUUAACUACCGAAACCCCGCCCUAUAAUUCCUUUUAUACCAAUUUGUCGCUCCUUCCGUGGGAGUAUGCAAAUUCGCACGCGAACUCGUGAUAAAAUAUAGACAAGAUAACUUGUUCGUUGAAUAAAAACUUUUGUUUUUCAGCCUCUCAUCGCACUCCAAACGCGAAUUCAAACCCAAAGCACCAAAGCCUGCACAGCGAAAGGCAAAGUCAAAAGCAGCGUUGCCUAAAGGCAAGAUUACGAAAGAACGUAGGUACUUUUGAUUUCUUUGCCUUGCAUUUGUAACACUCUGUCUGUUAGAGCUAUAAAAGUCAAACUAAAAUUUUAGAUCCGGACCCUAAAGUUCACUUCAGACCAAUUGGUUUGACUCGACAGACCUCAAAAAGCGAGGCGGACCUCAGCACGUUGGGGAAAAGUCAUCGUCAAUUCGCGAAGAGGUCCAACAACGACAGCAACAAGGACUUGAAGAGGUUGAAAAAGAAGGCGCGCCGUGCAAAUUCGUCGGACUCAUUGAAUGUGGCAACACCUCAGGACAUGCGUAAGUCUCCACUGCAAAAAGAAUUUUUUGAAUCUCUUGACUGGGCGCCGAGAAAUCGACGAAAACUUUCCGCGAAAUUUCUCUGGACACUUUGUACCUCGUAUUUUACAGACACCCAAACUUUCCGUCGUUCCGACCCAGCCCGAAAGAGCAACACAGUGUUCUAUGACCUGGAAGACCCUGACUUCUCACGUUCUGCGUUUUCGGACUCGCAGCGAAAACAACGAGGUCUUAGCAAGCUCUUCAAGAUCCUCAGAAGGAGUCCUUCUUCCACUGGUCUUGACGAAUUUCUCGACCUCUCGCCAGCGCAGGAAAUCAAAGAGGAUGACUUUAACGCCUCUGGCCAUGUUGACUCACCCAUGAGUUCUGGCUGUCAAACUCCGCUGGCCCAAACAUCAUAUAACAGCCCGUUGAAGAUCGACAUAGCCAAUGCGUUUGACUUUGACUUUUCACAAAUCGAAAAGGCCGCUUCUUUACCGUUCACCAACAAGAUUUACCAGACAAUGACGGAGAGUGAUAUUCGAAAAUAUGAGACGCUCAAACCACCUGAAAUUUUGGCUGAGGGAUUACGUCCAUCUUCGUUAACGACAGCCCCUGAUGGAAAGCCAACAGAGUUAAAGCAAAAGCCAAGAUCGUCAAGUGCGGACCCUCCAAGGGCUGUGCCAAAACUGCCCCCAAGACCUCCGCAUUUGCCGCCCAGUAUCCAGAAACCAUCAGCUUCAGAAAGCCGAAGCAGAGACGAGCCAGCUUCAGAAAGCCGAAGCAGAAAUUCGUCAACAAGCUGCACGCCGGAGUUCGAACAACCAGUGCAAAGACGGGUAAGGCUUGAACAAACACUCUCCUUUUUGUCUUUAUAUUAGAGGCUAAAUAUGGCGAAUAUGAGUAUGGUUUUCGACACGCUUUUUAUUAGCUAAGUAGAGAAGAUUAUUUCCAUGAAAAAAAGUUAACAAAACGCGAAUUUUAACUAACAAAAAAACCGCCAAUAAAAACGCCGGAUAGUUAUGCAUCAGCCUAAUAAGAACAUGCUAGAUAUAAAAUCUAAUAUGUAAUAUUUUAGAAAGCCCUAGGGCAGUUUAUCCAAGCCCCAGACGGAGUGAAUCGACCGCCAACGACUUAUAUCCCGUCGCUUCGAGUGCCAAAGGCCGGAGAGGCGCUGAAACGAUCAGGAAGGCGAGUAUAUUGGUUCUAGAAUGAAUAAUCGGUCCGGUUUUAGUCCCUGUAUUCUUCCAUCCCUCUCUGGUCGAGACUCCCCACCCACCGAACAAGCUCCACCGCCUCCGGCAGUCACACAGCCAUACCUUGUGCCAAAGAUUGUAAUCCGCUCGAGGACCCCACCAACCUACAUGUAA